GACUCAGCCAGCAGCCCUUUCUUUCUUACCCUAGUCUCCAGUCCUCCAGUGUUCACAGGUGAGCUCCCCAACAGCCACUGGUCACGAUGGAGGCCAUCAAGAAAAAGAUGCAGAUGCUGAAGUUGGACAAGGAGAAUGCUCUGGAUCGGGCAGAGCAAGCUGAAGCCGAGCAGAAGCAGGCAGAAGAAAGAAGUAAACAGCUGGAAGAUGAGCUGGCAGCCAUGCAGAAGAAGCUGAAAGGGACAGAGGAUGAGCUGGACAAGUAUUCUGAAGCUUUGAAGGAUGCCCAGGAGAAGCUGGAGCUGGCAGAGAAGAAAGCAGCUGAUGCUGAGGCUGAGGUGGCCUCCUUGAACCGUAGGAUCCAGCUGGUUGAAGAGGAGCUGGACCGCGCUCAAGAGCGCCUGGCCACUGCCCUGCAAAAGCUGGAGGAAGCUGAGAAAGCUGCUGAUGAGAGUGAGAGAGGUAUGAAGGUUAUUGAAAACCGAGCCUUAAAAGAUGAAGAAAAAAUGGAACUCCAGGAAAUCCAACUCAAAGAAGCUAAGCACAUUGCAGAAGAGGCAGAUAGGAAGUAUGAAGAGGUGGCUCGUAAGUUGGUGAUUAUUGAGGGAGACUUGGAACGCACAGAGGAGCGAGCUGAGCUGGCAGAGUCUAAGUGUUCUGAGCUGGAGGAGGAGCUGAAGAAUGUCACCAACAACCUCAAGUCUCUUGAGGCUCAGGCGGAGAAGUACUCUCUAAAAGAAGACAAAUAUGAGGAAGAGAUAAAGAUUCUUACUGAUAAACUCAAGGAGGCAGAGACCCGUGCUGAGUUUGCUGAGAGAUCGGUAGCCAAGCUGGAAAAGACAAUUGAUGAUUUGGAAGAGCGUCUCUACAGCCAACUUGAGCGAAACCGCCUGCUUUCUAAUGAGCUGAAGCUAACGCUGCAUGAUCUGUGUGACUGAUGGGCAGGGCUCACUGAUGCCCAUUAAACCGAGCUUACGGCUCACACCACUGACCUGGACCCCAGCAAAAAGCUGAUUGUCUUUUAAAAGUUAUUAUUUUGCCCUAAGCAAAUUUCUUUUUAGUUGGGACAGUUAGAAUAGUGUCGACUUCCUAACUGCACUGUAAAGUGGGAACAGUUAAGAUUAAUACUGUCUUUCUGUCCCUUUUCAAGAGAUUGUGGGUGAUGAAGGGAGGGACCUGAGAGAUAGUGAGAAAACCUGGGAGAAUUUUCUGUUUUCCACCUUUACUUGCUGCUUUUUCACUUGUGCACUGACUGUAGGAUAUGUUCCCUUGCAUGGAUGUUUUCUAACAAUAAAAGGACUGACUUGACAAGAUGUUGUAACUGCUUCGUCUGCAGGCCCAGGGAUGGGCCCUUCUGACCGGGUAGAAAAAAGGGAAGGGAAAGAAAGGGGUGUGGGAUAUGAAUAGGUCUGCGUUGUCAUCCCCUUCUCUGAGUUGAAGGGUAUUUUCCCCACCUCCCUAGAGCAGUGAGUGGUUUACUUGCUGGGAAGCUUUGAUUCUCCGUGAUGUUCAGCUGCCGGUUUUCUUCCUGACAUUUUUCCUCUUGCUGCUUUUUCCUGGUAUUAUGUUUAAUUGUAAGUAACUAUGUCACAGGCUAGUUCUGAAGAAUAGCUCUGCAAAAAUCUGUUAAGGGUUUGCUUACAAGGAUGUUUUGUAGUAUUCUUGACUUUGUUUUCUUUUGAGAUUCUCUGACUUAGCUAUGGGGGUUCUUUUAUUUAUCCCACUAGUUAUUCCUUUCCUCUCUACUUGUUGAGGAAAGCCUGUAGUGCAUGAGGAUCCUCCUGUACUCUUUUCAAGUUGAGGUUCUGCUGUUCUGCUGUCUACUGAUAGAAAUAUGCCCAUCCUUGUUCUCAAUGUGUCAAGCUCCAGCGAGCUAUUUCGAGUAGGUGUUGUCCCGUGGGCAGAGACUAGAAGAGUGGAUGGCUGGUGUUUAAGGCCACCUCCUUCAGUGACUGAAAGCUGAAAGCCUUGGUUGGGUGUGGGGAGGAGAGGAAAUGACUGAUAAGGUCCCCAGCUCCCUCCCCCAGAAGUACAGUAACACCUGUAACUUCAGUAGGCAAGCCUGAGGCCCUGCAAAACUGAGUGAUGCAAUAGCUCACUUCUGUGGCUGAGAAGGCAGCUGCUUUAUUAGUCUGCAGUUUCUCUGCAACAGGAGCAAUUCUCAGAGUGGGUAGACCUUGAAAUUUACUUCUAGUUUUUAUAACGUCUCUCCUUUACCCCCAUUAGAUAAACUGAAAUGCACCAAAGAGGAGCACCUCUGUACACAAAGGAUGCUGGACCAGACUCUGCUUGACCUGAAUGAGAUGUAGAGCACCCCAGUCCCAUCCUGCCGCUGCUCCUCCCUCUGACCCGACUCCGCUGAGGCCAGCCUGCCCGAAGCUGACCUUUAAACUGAGGGCUGACCUUUAACUGGAAGGCUGCUUUCUCCUUUCGCCACCUCUCCCACCCCCACCCCUGUGUCCUUUUCGCCAAACUGUCUCUGCCUCUCCCCAGAGAUUCCAUUUGGGCUAGAGGCUGAGCACCUUUGGGAACAACGUUUAAGGGAAUGUGAGCACAAUGCUAAGUGUCUUUAAAAGCAUGUUGUGAUGUACACAUUUUGUAAUUACCUUUUCUGUUGUUGUUGAUGUAGCAGCCAUUUGUAAAACAUUCCAGAUAAUUCCAUAGUUCUGAAGCAGCAGUCUAAUCCCUUUCUCACUUUUGGAAGGUAACUUUUCAGCUUAAUGCAUAUUGCCCUCUCCGUAGAGGAGGGGAAAAGGUAUGGGCCUGCCUUACAGAGAGCCAAACAGCCCAGAGGACUCCGUUUUGGGAAACCUUAUUGCUCUGUAAAAAGUACCCGCCAAACCAGAAAGGUGAUUCCAGAAGGAGUUAGCCAAAAAAAAAAAAAAAAAAAAGCGCUGUUCAGGUUUUCAGCUUUACGGUAUCUUUGGGCAACUUUUCCACCAGAAGUGACCAGAUGAAAUCAAGAUGGUGAGACCUCUGAGACCAAAUCCUUGUCCCAGCUCUCCCCUAUUCCCAGCCGCUCACAGAAUGGAUCAUGUGCCCCUUAUUUUGAGGCAACCACUUAUUUGCUCUCCCGCCUCCUUGAAAGAAAGGAAAGAAAAUUAUGUUUUACCACUGAUUUAGCCAUAUGAAACUCAUCUCAUCACCCUUUUCUGGGUCUGAAGCUGCUGUCUCUAAUAAAAGUGCCAUCUCAUUGUGCAUUGUAUCAGUUAGUGCUGGAGAAAUCUUGAAUAGCUUAUGUACAAAAUUGUUUUUAAAUUUUAUAUUAUUUUGAAACUUUGCUCCUUUGGGGUUGGGGCACACUGGUCACCCCAUCUGGCUGUGACAGCCCUCUACAGUCUGGGCUGGCAGUGUGCUGAUCUUUUAACGUUUCUUUCCCUACCCAGUCCCCCCUUUUUGGUGAGGUUUCAGUGAGGUCAGUUAGGUGUGCAUCCUACAGCUUAAUUGGCUUAAAAUGUACUCCCCUUUGGUGUGGUCUCUUUGGGGGCCGAUUGGGAGAAAGAAAAAACAAUAGUGUAACUGUUUUGAUACUGAACAUUGAUAAAUGUCUUUUUGAAAUAAAGAACCAGUCCCUCCAA